CCCGCUGCCCAGGCGCGCGCCUGGAAACGGAAAGAUUUGAAGCCAAAAUCGAAGUCUUACCGAGUUACCUUCUUGUGUGGAGAAGGAAGAUUGAAGUGCUACAUUGAAUUGAAAGAAUAAAGUACUAGAAAAGAUUGAGGAGCCACUCGAUCCUGAAGAUCUCAUACUGAACGUCGAAUAUGUUCUCUAUUGCUGCUAUCAAUGAUACGGACUCCAGAAGUCGGUGGGAACCACUUGCUCCAACGAAGGAAUCCCUGGAAUUUCACUUGUCUCAAACUUAUCAUGAAGGACUUCUUAAGUUACAAUCAAAAGAAUAUGAAAAGGCUCGGGAGCUUUUAGAGUCUGUUCUCAAAGAUCCUCUUAUAGCUAAUGCGCAAGUGGAUAGCAGUGCCAUUGAUGGUCAUUUGUUGCAACUCAGAUUUUUGGCACUGAAGAACCUGGCCUCCGUUUUUCUUCAGCAAGGUUCCUCUCAUUAUGAGAAUGCAUUACACUGUUAUCUUCAAGCUGUGGAGAUCGAUUCCAAAGACUCUGUUGUCUGGAACCAACUGGGAACAUUGUCAUGCUCAAUGGGCCUAUUGAGUAUAUCACGGUGGGCGUUUGAGCAAGGCCUUGUAUGUAGCCCUAAUAACUGGAAUUGCAUGGAAAAACUUUUGGAAGUUCUUAUUGCUAUUGGCGAUGAGGUUGCAUGCCUCUCUGUUGCAGAAUUAAUUCUGAGGCAUUGGCCAUCACAUUCACGUGCUUUGUAUGUUAAAAAUACCAUUGAAGAGUUGGAACCAUUGCCAUUUGCUCCCAGAGGUAUAGACAAGCUGCAACCAAGGCAUGUACGGCUUAAAUUUCCUGACAAGAGAAAAGCUACUGAUGAAAUUCUGGAUGAGGUUGUUGCAGUUAAGAAACUGAACCAGAACAUAGAAGUUCAUCUAACAGAAGCUUCCUGGGUGGCUCUUGCUGAUGCACUGAUGGAAAUCUUGUCUCCAUUGAAUGCUCAGAGUUCUAAGACAGAGCCUGAAAAAGCAAGCAAGUCUAAGGACAUCAGAUUAAGCAUAUCUAUAUCCUGUUUAGAAAAUGGUAUGAACACUGUAAUGGGGAAAGGGCCUAGUGGUGACAGUAUUGUUUUUGGUGAUGGUAACAUAGAAAGUUCAAGUGCCCUUAAAGGAAAGGAAGCAAAUUCCCAAGAAGAACAACCACAUGAGAGGCGAAGUUCUCGUUUGGAAAGGCUUAGGAGUCGUAAGCCAGGGAAAGAAGAAUCUGAUUCUUUGUGUGGCAAAGACCAUGCUAGGUUUGUCAGUCAAUAUCUAGAAACUUUUGUUGCUGGUGAAUUGGGUGGUAGACAUUCUCGUGAUACCACCACAUCAUCAUCCAACAUAGUAAAUACUGAAUCUAAUGAAGUUUCUAGAUUUGUAAGAGAAACCUCAAAAAACUAUGGUGCUUACCAUGUCGGGCACUUACUUUUAGAGAAGAUUGCAAGACAAAGCCUUACAUAUCAAGAUGCUUUUGUCAAGUUCCUGGAGUUGGAGAAAUUGACAAGGCACUGGGGAAAGGAAAGAACUGCUGAAUGUAGUCUUUUUCUUGCUGAGCUGCAUUAUGACUUGGGGUUGUGCUCUCCCUGUGGUUCUGAGCAAUCAAAGUUCAUGUCAGACUCAUCUUAUCAUCUCUGUAAGGUCAUAGAGUCUGUAGCUCUAGAUUAUCCUUUUCACUUGAUGCACGACUUGAAUGAAGGUUGUUCUUUGAAAACCAUUGCCUCUGCUGAGGGUGACAGCUCACUCAUGAAAAACAAUUCUUUUUGGGUUCGAUUCUUCUGGCUGAGUGGGAGAUUGUCUACUUUUGAUGGCAAUAAGGCAAAAGCUUGUGAAGAAUUAUGUACUUGUUUGUCACUUUUGGCAAAGAAGCGAAAUUCGAAUGAUUCACUAUGUUCAGUCUGCCGCUCCCAUUGCAAAGUUAUAAAAGAGCUGAGCAUUGACAGAGUUAUUUAUGAAAUUAAUAUACUAAAGGUCAAUUUCUUGAUGGAAAAGUCUGUCAAUGAGAUGGUUGAGAAAGGGAUGUAUUCAGAGUGUGUAUCCCUGCUUUCUCCGCUUCUGUUUUCUACACAGGAUGUUUACAUUGAUUCAUUAUCUUUAACCAAAGCAGAUAAAAAAGAUGAAAAGAUAACCUCGGUUGAACUCAUGGCUCUGGAUGUUCUGAUAGAAGCAUGCCAAAAUACAAAGCCAAUGGAUGUGGAGCUCUAUCUGAAUUGUCACCAUAGAAAGCUUCAGAUACUGAUGGCUAUUGUGGGGUUGAGUAUGUGUACCACAUCAUUUAAACCUUCCCAUCAAACUCUGGGCAUUAGUACACCUCCUAAUAUUGAUGCAGAUUCAAAGGAAGGUUCAGCCAAGCACUGUAGUCAGUUGGUGGCCGAGGAAGUGAAAGCACUCUCCAACUGUGUCUCAAAAGUGAAGAAAGUUAUUGAUCAAUGUGUAGAUUCUAAUGGCCUUAGUGGUCCAAUAAGCAGUAUAUGUCAAAUUCAAUCUCUGCUCUUGUCAGUCAUGAGCUAUUUUGCAAACAUACUUGUCUGCGACAAAGCCUCUGGUCUGGUGAUUUCUGAUCAAGCAGAAAGCAGCUGUUUUGUCGAUGCAGCCAUUGUUUUUUGCAAACUCCAGCAUUUUAACCCAAAUAUACCUAUUAAAACUCAGGUUGAUUUAAUUGUGGCAACACAUGACUUGCUUGCUGAGUAUGGGCUUUGCUGUGCGGGUGAGGGUGGCAAAGGCGAGGAAGGAACAUUUCUUAGAUUUGCAAUAAAGCAUCUAUUGACUUCGGAUAUGAGGCUCAAAUCCAGCUUUAACCCUUUAAAGAAAGAACCAAUGCGAUGGGAUGAGAAGGCAUCCCAAAACAAUCUUGUUAAUGUGUCUACAGAAGAAUCAAAGAUUUAUACACAAGAUCUUCGGACAGACUGUGCCAAAAUAGGUGAAAUAGGUUCUGAGCUUAAGCAUGAUCAUGAAGGAAUAAUAGCCAGGGGCAUUUCAUCCCACAAAGUCCAUGAUAAAGACAGUAAGCAGGUAGAGGGUGACAAUCUUGGAGAUGCAGGGUCUGGCAGUGAGUUAAGCAAAGGGGAAAUGGUAAGCAAUCCUUCAAUUGAAUGUGGAAACGAGCUUCCUCAAGAUGAAAGGGAAGAACUUGAGUCAAAAAUUGAGAGUGCCUUAGAUCAGUGCUUUUUCUGCUUAUAUGGAUUAAACCUACGAUCUGAUUCAUCUUAUGAAGAUGAUCUAGUGAUGCACAGAAAUACCAGCCGGGGAGACUAUCAGACUAAGGAACAGUGUGCUGAUGUUUUCAAGUAUGUUCUUCCCUAUGCAAAGGCAUCGUCCAGAACUGGAUUAGUGAAGCUUCGAAGAGUUUUGAGAGCUAUUAGGAAGCACUUCCUGCAGCCACCAGAAGACGUCUUGGCUGGAAACCCCAUAGAUAAAUUCUUAGAUUAUUCUGAUCUUUGCGAAGAUAAACUCUCAGAUGAGGCUGGGUCAAAUGGAUUCCUGGAAACUAUUACUAAGAUCCUUUUUCCUUGUUUUAGCUCUUUAAAGUGAUAUCAGUGUAUUUGGACGAUCAGGUCCGAGCCGUAUUUGGAGAUAUAUUGUAACUUGUAUUAUUUCCUUGGUCUGUCUGAGGAGAUGAGUGCAACGGAUAAAUGGCCUGGCUUUGUACUGGCCAAGGAAGGGGAAGAAUUCGUUGAACAAAAUGCCAACCUCUUCAAAUAUGAUUUAAUGUAUAAUCCUCUCCGCUUUGAAAGUUGGCAGCGUCUUGCAAAUAUUUAUGAUGAGGAAGUAGAUUUGCUGCUGAAUGAUGGUAGCAAACACAUUAAUGUAGCAGGAUGGCGGAAGAAUACUACUUUUUCCCAAAGAGUAGAAACAAGCCGAAGGAGGAGUAGACGGUGCCUUCUAAUGAGCUUAGCUCUGGCAAAAACACCUGAUCAACAGUGUGAAAUACAUGAGCUAUUGGCGUUGGUAUAUUACGACAGCCUCCAGAAUGUGGUGCCUUUUUAUGAUCAGAGGUCUGUUUUGCCCUCAAAGGAUGGAGCAUGGACGACGUUUUGUGAGAACUCAAUGAAACAUUUUAAGAAAGCCUUUGCACUUAAACAAGAUUGGUUGCAUGCAUUUUACUUGGGCAAACUCAGUGAAAAACUUGGAUAUUCACAUGAAACCUCAUUAUCGUAUUACGAAAAAGCUAUUUCUUUGAAUACAUCAGCUGUAGAUCCUGUCUACAGAAUGCAUGCCUCACGCCUGAAGCUACUCUUUAAGUAUGGAAGACAAAGUUUGGAGAUUUUAAAGGUUCUUUCAGCACACUCCUUCAAUCAAUCCGCCAAAGAAGCAGUCAUUAUUGUCUUUGGUGAAAUGGAUGAAUCCUCAACGAGUACAAAGGAAAAAUGUGUACAAGUCAAUUCUGUGGAGGUAAAGCAUGAAGGACAGCUCAAAUUGGAUAAGGCAUGGUCCAUUCUUUACAAUGACUGUCUCUCUGCCCUUGAGACUUGUGUGGAGGGGGAUCUCAAACAUUUCCACAAGGCCAGAUACAUGCUGGCUCUAGGGAUUUAUAAAAGGGUAGAGGGUGAGAGGGGGAUAGAGAGGGCAAAAGAUCAGCUAUCUUUCUGCUUCAAGUCAUCACGUUCUUCCUUUACAAUAAAUAUGUGGGAAAUCGAUAGCUUGGUCAAAAAAGGAAGGCGCAAGACACCAAGUUCUGCUGGCAAGAAAGCCCUUGAAGUUAAUUUACCAGAAAGUUCACGGAAGUUCAUUACUUGCAUUCGUAAAUAUGUGCUGUUUUAUCUCAAACUUCUGGAGGAAACUGGAGACAGAUGUACUCUUGAGCGUGCAUAUAAUUCUCUUCGAGCAGAUAAGAGGGUAAAUCUGAAAAGCCUACUCAUUGAAGAUCUUGUACCUGUGGCCAUUGGAAGGUAUAUAAAGGUUCUGAUUUCAACAAUGCAUCAUUCUCAGACUGCUGGCUCCCAUUCAUCAGGCAUUUCUGAUCAUGUGCUUGAGAGGCUGUUUACUUUGUUCAUGGAGCAAGGGAGUCUAUGGCCAGAGAUAUGCUGCUUGCCUGAAAUUAAGAGCCCAGAUACAUCUGAGAGUAUUUUAUAUGGAUAUCUUCAUGAAUAUAUCAUGUCAUUGGAAGAAAAUGGAAGACUGGAAACUCUUGAAGCAAUAAAUGAGAAAAUUCGCAAACGAUUCAAAAACCCAAAGUUGGCAAAUAGUAAUUGUGCAAAAGUUUUCAGGCAUGCUUCUGCUGCGUGGUGCCGAUGUCUUAUCUAUAGCUUGUCACAAAUCACUCAAUUAUCAAGUGGAUUCUCAAAUGAGAACAAGGCUGUUAAUUUGACAGAUGGUUGUAUGGACUAUAGCCAGUUGCUCUGUGUUGAUCUGCAGACACAUGAAUUAUGGAAUACAGCUUUUGAAGACCCAGUUCACCUAGAAAAAAUUGAAAAUAAAUGGAGCCCCACUUUAUCAAAAAUCAAGAAUACGGUUGUCAAGAAAGCUUUUGAUGAUAAUUUGGAGACUGCAAACACUUUGCUCAGAGCUUCCUACAACUUUUACCGUGAGAGUUCUUCAGUAAUUCUGGGCUCUGGCGUCCAGCUUUAUCCAAUUCCAUCUCAAUUGGCAACCGAAGCUCAGUUCCACCCAAGUAUGCAUGAGAUUGAAGCGCUUGAUCUGAGCAUCCCAAGGAAGCUUCUCUUGUGGGCUUUUGCACUAUUAUAUGGUCGCUGUGCAAAUAUCUCAGCUGUUGUAAAGCACUGUGAAGAAAUUACAAAGUCGAAGAUGAAAAGAGGGAGUGGAACUUCACCUUCAUUUUCAAAUUUGGCAGCCGCCACUCCAACUGUCACAGGCAGCGGGAAAGAAGGAGCAACUUCUGCUGGGUGCAUGGAUGUUAAUCCGACACACGUGACAACAGCUGGGUCUGGUUCAUUGUCUGGCCACAAUACCGUUAAUUCAGUAAGUUUGCGUUCUUCCUCUGAUGAGAUUCAAAAGAGUCUCUUAAAUUCUCCCCAAUUGCAACAUUGCAAUACCAUGGCGGAAAGGAGCAACUCGAUGGCGCUGGAAGGAGAUCCGUAGAGAUUGACUUCAUAUAAGUAGGAUGCGUCCAUAUUGGAGUGGAAGAUGCCCUGUUUCUCCACAGAAAAGCAUGAACAUGCAUGUUGUUGUAGUUCUUACUCUGUUGUACAAGUGUAAUGUAAAUAACGGAUAGAGUUAUAUCCUUAGGUUUUAAAUAGGCCACGCCAUCGUAUUUGAAAUGAUGGCUGCAGCUUUCCUUGAGGCAGCGAUACCCAGAGUAGAAUGUCCUCUAAUUCUUUCUUCUUUUUUCACAAACUUUAAAUUUGUUAUGUAACAUUUCAGGCAAAAAAAUUUUUUUUUUUUUUAUGUGGCAUUAGAGAGAGUUAAGAGCAUAUGUCUUGGUAUUCCUUUUUGUCAUCAUAUGCCUCUAUAUAUUUGUGAAAAAUUG